CAUCCCUAUAUUUGUAUAAUAUCGAAAUCAAGGUCAAGUAUUGAAGAACUGAUAAAUACUUUACAAAAGCAACGCAACUACUUUUCAGUACAAACGACCAAGGAUAUAAUAUGAAGAAGACGAGUUUGAAGUUAAUGACCCUCGUUUUAGGGUUUUGCUUCGUCAUUUAUCUUCUUCAAGGGCCUCGAGGCGGUUCGAGAAAUGGAGAUCUCUUGAUAGCACGAAAGUUGAUAUCUCUGGAACCGAUUGAAACAAAAAAUGCAGCGAGAUCGUUGAAAGAUUCAAUAUCAACAGAUUUAGAGGAAGAGGUUGAUCGUCUGAUGGAGCACGAAUAUCCUUCACCAGUAAAGCCGAGGAAAAGAACUCCGGUUCACAAUGGCGUGCGUAAUCGUCACUAAUUGACCCUUGUUCUAUUGUUCUUUCAAUUAGUAGUUUAAUAAGUUUGGUAAAAUCAUAAAAUGGACGUAUCCUGUAAUGCUGAAUAUUAGUAUAUUACUUAUACAAAGACUUUAUCAACUAUUUGGAGUGCUUGUAUUUUUUGAGAUUUAAAAAAAAAUCUCAUUGUUUUGGAGAUAUUUAAAAUUUUCGAAAUUAG